UUAGUACCAAAAUCCUAUCCCUGAGCUCGGCCUCCUUAUUAUAUUCUCCCUGGCUCUCGAACUUUUAUACUGGUCUCUCUUCUCUGUCGCUGGCGUAAAAUCUGGGUUGCGCGUAAACGUUUUAACAAACUUUUGUUAACACCGAUGUUUAGUCUGCGCGUAAACAUCAUAAAUUUCCAAAUAUUCUCUCUGAAAUCAACGCACUUAUCUUGUAUUGAGUACAGUAGCCAUCUUGGAUGUGUUAAUCAAGCAUUUUAACAAAAUAAAUGUGACAAGUUCAUUGAUGUCAAAAAUCAAUAACAAUUGACGUGAGCUUGAGUAAAAUUAACUUAAUAAAGUACUUGACUUAGUUUCAUGAUAACAAUGGGUGAUGCAAAAUCAUUUUUACAUCAGUGGUGUGCAAAGAAUGGCAAGGAGCCAUUGUUUGAAGUGCGACCUACAGGGCCAAAACAUCGUCAGCGAUUUCUCUGUGAACUUCGAGUGACAGGUUUUGAUUACGUUGGAGCAGGAAACUCUACAACAAAAAAAGAAUCUCAAGGGAAUGCAUCAAAAGACUUUAUUAGUUAUUUAGUACGCACAGGUCAUGUAAAUGCCAAUGACGUACCAACUGAUGUAUCAACAGUUCAAGAGCCUACCGAAAGUGCCCCUCCGGAUAUAGGGGUACCUAGUACUCCUCAAAAAUCAGUAUUCCAGGAUGGACUUGGUCCCAAUGACAUCGGACAAGCUUAUAGACCAUACAACGACCGUGGAAGAGACAAUUACACUUAUAUCGAUCGAAUAGCUGAACAAAAAAAAGUCGAAGAAGCUGAAGAUGUUGAUGUUAAUUCUAGUAUUCAUGGAAACUGGACUAUUGAAAAUGCUAAAUCAAAGUUACAUCAAUUUAUGCAAAGUAAUAAGAUCAAUACUGAUUAUAAGUAUACUCCUGUUGGUCCAGAUCAUACUAGGAGUUUCGUUGCGGAAAUGACGAUAUAUGUGAAACAGUUAGGCAGGAAUAUAACUGGACAUGAAACUGGAUCAAAUAAGCAAUCUGCAUCAAAGAGCUGUGCUUUAUCCAUUGUUCGUCAACUGUAUCACUUGGGAGUGAUUGAAGCAUUCUCUGGAACAUUAAAAAAGCCAAAAGAUGCUGAACAAAUGAAAUCAUACUCUGUUAAAAUUUCACCAGAAUUAGCAAGUGAAGUGGAGGAACUUUUAGAAUCUCUAGAAAUAAAACCAGUUAAUGUUAAUACCGCUGAAGUAAAAAUAGAUACUCCAGAUCAAAAAGCCCUCGGAAUGUCUUUGAUAACAGAUCAUGUUCUUGAUGACUUCAUUUCUUCAGUACCUCAACCGACCGGAGUUGUUUCUUGGUCUCCACCACAGGCCAACUGGAAUCCUUGGAUUGGAUGCAACAUUGACGAAGGUCCUUUGGCUACAACAUCAUUAGAGAAAUUAUCCCAGGAGAUGGUAUUACAGCAACGUGAGAGACUUCAGCAAGAUCAACAGCUUCAACAAAGCAUGAAAGAAAGAAUGAACUUACCAGUAUAUGCGAAGAAGGGUGAAAUCAUGCAGGCAAUCCAUGACAAUCCAAUUAUCAUCAUCCGAGGAAACACUGGAUGUGGAAAAACUACUCAAGUAUGUCAGUUUAUUCUUGAUGACUAUAUCAACUCUAGACAAGGAGCUGAAUGCAGCAUUGUUGUAACUCAACCUAGGAGAAUUUCAGCCAUUUCUGUUGCUGACCGUGUUGCAGCUGAAAGAUGUGAAAAUCUGGGACAAAGUGUUGGAUAUUCUGUGAGAUUUGAAUCUCUUCUGCCGCGUCCUUACGGAAGUAUUCUCUUUUGUACUGUUGGUGUCCUGUUGAGAAAGUUAGAAGGUGGCUUGAGAGGUGUCUCUCACGUCAUAGUUGAUGAAAUCCAUGAAAGAGACGUCAACUCUGACUUCAUUAUGGUUCUCCUCCGAGAUAUGGUUCACGUUUACCCAGAUUUGAGAGUUAUCUUAAUGUCUGCUACGAUAGACACAACUUUAUUCAGUGAUUAUUUUAAUAAAUGUCCUGUCAUUGAAGUUCCAGGAAGGUCUUUUCCAGUGCAACAGUAUUUCCUUGAAGAUUGUAUUCAUCUAACGAAAUUUGUUCCUCCAGUAGACUCGAAAAAAAGGAAAAACAGAGACGAAGACUUGCCUGAUACAGAACCUGAAGAGAAUCUAAAUCGCAUUAUUAGCACAGAAUACAGUGAAAGAACUAAAAACGCGAUGGCACAGAUGUCGGAAAAAGAAACAAGCUUUGAACUUAUCGUGGCUUUGUUGGAGUAUAUUAAAAACCAGCAAAUUCCUGGUGCAGUUUUAAUUUUUCUGACAGGUUGGAAUUUGAUUUUUGCACUCAUGAGACAUCUUCAACAACAUCCAGUUUUUGGAAGUUCACAAUAUGUCAUCAUUCCUCUUCACUCUCAAUUACCCAGAGAAGAUCAACGCAAGGUAUUUGAGUCUGUUGCGCCAGGAGUAACAAAGAUCAUUUUAUCCACAAAUAUUGCAGAGACCUCUAUCACCAUCAAUGACAUUGUUUACGUUAUUGAUUCCUGUAAAGCAAAGAUGAAGCUUUUUACUUCUCACAACAACAUGACGAACUAUGCCACAGUGUGGGCAUCUAAGACAAAUUUAGAGCAACGAAUGGGCCGUGCUGGUAGAGUGAAACCUGGAUUUUGUUUUCAUCUUUGUUCCAAAGCGAGAUUCAAUAAAAUGGACCAACAUAUGACUCCAGAAAUUUUCAGAACUCCUUUGCAUGAGUUGGCUUUGAGUAUAAAACUGCUGCGUUUGGGAAGCAUUGGAAAAUUUUUAUCCAAAGCAAUUGAACCUCCACCAAUUGAUGCUGUAAUUGAAGCAGAAGUGAUGCUAAGAGAAAUGAAGUGUCUUGAUUCUAAUGAUGAGCUCACACCUUUGGGAAAGAUUUUAGCAAGACUACCUAUAGAACCGCGACUUGGAAAGAUGAUGAUUCUUGGCUGCAUGUUUAGAGUUGGUGAUGCUUUGUCGACCAUGGCAGCUAACAGCACCACCUUCCCUGAAGUGUACAACCUCAGUCCUGACAUGCGACGACUUACUUCACAACAGAAAUGGUUCGCUGGGGCUAGAUUUAGUGAUCACGUGGCCAUGCUUCAUGCAUUCCAAAGUUGGGAAGAUGUGAGAGCGCAGGAUGAACAAGCUGGAGAAAAUUUUUGUGAUGCUAAAGGUCUUAGUUUACCAACAUUGAGGAUCACAUGGGAAGCUAAGCAUCAAUUACAAGAGUUGCUCCAAUCUGCGGGCUUUCCUGAAGAGACUUUGUGUCCUACACCUCUUAAUUAUCAAGCUGGGUCCGAUAUGCGGUUAGAUACCAUCACAGCUCUUCUAUGCAUGGGUCUUUAUCCCAAUGUUUGCUAUCACAAAGACAAGAGAAAGGUACUAACAACUGAAUCCAAAGCUGCUUUGAUCCACAAAACAUCAGUCAACUGCAGUAAUUAUGAACAAAAUUUCCCUUAUCCAUUUUUCGUUUUUGGUGAGAAAAUCAGAACACGUGCUGUUACUUGUAAACAAAUGACGAUGGUGUCACCUAUUCAUUUAUUGCUGUUCGGAUCACGCAAAGUAGAGUUUGUUGAUGGUAUCGUGAGACUAGAUAACUGGAUUAACUUGGACAUGGAUCCAAAACAUGCAGCCGCUAUUGUAGCGCUUCGACCUGCUUUAGAAAGCUUAGUAGUUCGAGCUGCCAAAGAACCAGAAAAGAUUCUCGAACUUAGUCCACUUGAAGAAAAGGUAUUGGCUACUAUUAAAGCCCUUUGUGGAAUGAAUGCGGGAAGAUACGGUAUGGAACCUGUUUCCGGAGGAGUUUAUCAAUCUCGAAGACCACCUAAGAGACACAGUUUUGGGUUUGACAAUAACUUACUCUCUAAAUUCUCACGAAAUCAUCCCGGACCUUUUCGAGGCAGAAGCGGUGGACCUUUUAAUGGAGGAAGUAGAGGCUGGGGUAAUAGUAAUCAAGGAUUUCAUGGACGUAGAUACUCACGAGGAGGUUACAACAAUUAUUAAUAAAUAAUUACUUGUUUACAAUCUUUCAUAUAAUAUUAUACUAUACUUGAUAUUGAAUUCUUAAUGAAAUUAUCAAAAACAAAUAAUUUUUUGAUCAUUUAAUAGUUGAUGAAGUAAUGAAUAAAUUGAAUACUUACAUUAUGUUAUUUAUU